UUGUGAUUCACAAAGCGCCUCCGUCAUGUUACGUUGGAACUGUAGUGUCUCGUACGGUGCUAGAGAAGGGGAACAACAUGCGGAAACCGAGGAGAGACAUUGGAAAGGUGAGGGACUGUUGAAAGCGGGAAACGUACACCAUUGAUGGAUAAAAGUAGCCUUUGUGAAGCAGUGAAUUGCGAAGGGGCAGAAGGGAAAGCUAGCUGGAGAGAAGAGAGCCGAGCGGCCAUGCCGCCUCCGAGAAAGGGUUGACUACAUAGGAACUUCAGACUGGACAGGAUUUGGGGAGUUUAAUUGCAGGAAAAAAAAAAAAAAACUAAAAACAAUUGUAGUUCUAGAACAUACGGAUAAGUCAUGGCUGAUCUGGAACCCUGCACUGUGGGAGUACAGCUUCAAGCAACUCACGACUGCCACAAGACUUUCUACUGCCGCCAGACGGGCUGCAAAGCUCUGCGUGAGAUGUCACCCAGCAACGCAUUGCUGCUGCAGCUCAGGACCGGUAUUAUGAGCCUCACAGAGAGUGACAGAGUGUGUUUUCACCAUGAGAAGGUUUAUGUGGACCGCUAUGAGGACCUGCAGAAGGCCUGCUGCGAUCCCUUCAAUACUCACAAGAAAGCAAUAAAGAAAGGGCUGAAGCCUCUCGACCUGGAUGAAGCCAUGUUUCUGAGCGAGAAGUUUGCAAGGCACUUAGUGCCGGGCUGGAAACUGUGUUUCAGGUGUUCACAGCUGCUGACUGGCUACUGCAACCUUGACCCCAACGCAGGACAGAGAAAGACACGCAAUAGUGAAGGACGGACUGCUAAGGCCUUGAAGUCACUUCAGUUUGCCAACCCAGGGCGCCAGACUGAGUUUGCUGCAGAGCCCGGUCGAAGAGAUAAGAGAAGACUGCAGCCCAACAAAACAGUAACCAACGCAGACAGGCAGACAAUUGGUGCAAAGAGUAAAGUGUACGACAGCGCAGGCCUGCUGAUUUCAAGUGGCUUGGAUUUGUGUGACUGUCUGGAUGAAGACUGCCUGGGCUGCUUCUACCCCUGUCCUGAAUGUAGGUCCCGCAAGUGUGGCGUUGAGUGCCGCUGCGAUCGCAAGUGGCUGUACGAACAAGUGGAAAUCGAAGGCGGGGAGAUUAUCCGCAAUAAGCACGUGGGCUAGAUCUGAGUAGAUGGUUGUGCCGGACUGCACUCUGCAUUCUCCUAUGGUAGAAUUAAGUUCGAUUUCAAUAUAAUGUUCAUCCCAAAAAUACAUAAAUGCUGUUUUUUUUUUAUGCUGUUGUAGAAGACAGUGUCCUGUGCUUUUUGUUUUGUUCUUUCAAACGGGACAAUAACAUUUUGAAAAAAAUGGACUUUUACUUGCAUUAAAAAUUAUUUUCUGACACAUUAUGUUGGCUGAAAUGUAGUAAAUAGAGUUGAUCAUUCAUUUAAAAAUGUUGACAUGAUGCAGUUAUAAACUGUAUAUUGCAGGGUCAUGGGAGGGGAAGGGGGGGGGGGGAAUACACUGCAUACCAAGUAAGACCAAGAAGGUUUAUUUUUUAUCACCCGAUUUGUACACUUAACAAAUCCAGAGCAAUGCAGCAAUGGAAAAUGAUCAUGUGUAUUGUUUGCAUUAUUGUAUCUAUUUAGAGGAAAAUAUUUGUUAGUUCUGUUAUAAAUCAAGCAUAAACCAUAUGAAAAUGCCUGCUCGAUGUGUGUGCUUUUCAGUAUAUUGAAUAAACUAGUUAUGAAUUACGUGUUUAUCUUUUGCAAAGGAAGUCAGACUCGUCAAGGCAACCAGAGUAUAUAGACCCACAGUUGUCAACAUUUGGUAAUUGUGAUUUUAUAUAUAUAUAUAUAUAUAUAUAUAUAUAUAUAUAUAUAUAUAUAUACUACACUUUUAAUAUGGCACAGAAAGGGAUAAGGGUCAACCCCAAUGCUUAGCAACUGCAUUUCAAUGACAAUUACAAAAAAAAAAAAAAAAUUAAAAUCGGGGAAUGUAAAAUAAAUAAUUAUAAACUGAAUAUAUUUACAUUUUUUUGUAUUGAAUUAAAACUAGUUUUUUGUGUGUUUUAUUUUAUAUAUAUAUAUAUAUAAUAUAUUUGCAACAUAGGUUAAAGCCAAUAUAUAUGUAAUAAUCUUUAUUAUUAUUAUUAUUAUUUUUUUUUUUUUAUAUACAGCAGUGCUGUGUAUACCCUCCCAUAGUGGUAAAAUCGAGAAAGUGCAUUUGAGAGACAUUCAAUUUCAGUUUUAACCCAUAUAGAAAAUAAACUGUAUAUAUCUCAAAUAUAAUCUUUACAGGUAUACAUGGUAUAUUUAGUCUACGGUUUGUUUUUUGUGUUUAAAUAUAAUUAAUGUCAUUUUUUCCACUCUGAAAUAAAUUACUAUGCUUAAUGCAUUUGCUUUGCCUGGUAGAACAUGAAGCAUGGAGAAAAGGCCUACCUUCAUUUUGGCAUAGCAGCUACAUCCUCUCAAAUCGCAGCAAUCUCUAGCAGCACACUGGGCUCCAUCGCCCAAGUAGUCAGAGUCCGUGCACCCACACCAGAGCCUUUAUUUAACGAAGCCUGUUUUAAAUAGGGUCCCAUCUCCAUUAGGACUUUUUGAAAGAGGCGGAACCUCUUUAGAUGGAAAAUAUGCAAUCCGACCACAUCAACCCUUUUGGUUUUUGCAUGGAGGGUAUGUUAAUUAGGUACCCACCUCAUUUGCAUAUCACUCCUCAUACUGUCGGAAUUGGGGUUUGUGACUCUUCUCAUCCUUCCUGGCCAUUUUUGAUUUAUUUAUUUAAUUAUUCUGUGAAGAAUAACUGAAUAAAUAACACAUUUUCUCAGCUCAAGAAUGGAAUGUUUUAUUAAAUAAGAUCAAUUUCAACAGGAAGCCAAAUAUGUUUGUUUUUAUUGUAAAACUGAAUAUCUAUUGAGAAAUUAAAUUCUUCACAUAAGGCAA